AUGUCUCUGAUAUUGAAUACAAUUAUGAGUCCAUUCAAUCAUUCAACUCACAUAAUUGAGGUCAGCUGUGUUUGCGUUUCCUAUAUAAAGCUAGUGCAAGGUUCAAUCAAUGAAUAUUAUCGUCUACCUUUCAACGCAUACAUCAUGUCGAUUACAUUUACCCUUUCUGACAAUUCUUCUACGCUUCAAGCUGACUUCAAUCCUCCAAUCUAUCUUUCAGAUGAUGAUGCUUAUAAAAUUGGGUUGUGUGAUUUUGAAUCCUUCAUUGUCAUUCCUAAUGUUGAUGCUUCCAACAAUACUUUUAUAUAUUCUACAUCUUCAAUUGCCAGUUAUCACCAAUUGUUUAAACUUCCUAUCGGUUCCUAUGAAAUUUCAGAGUUGGCUACCGCCUUACAACAAAAACUUCCAUCAGGACUGCCAACAAAACUGCAUCCAACGUUACUUUACAAGCCAAUUGUGACAUCGAUUUUUCUUCAAAAAAUACUAUUGGUCGCAUGUUGGGCUUUGAACCCCUAA